CCUUGAGUGGGAAUGGGUGGGGGAGGAAUGGAAGAUGGGAAAUACGAGGGCAUGAGAGAGAAAAAGAGACAAGCAAGUGACAGAGUAGGAGACAAACAAUGUAUAGAGCGAGAGAGAUUGAACGCUGUAUGGACAUAAACAGAGCGGUCUGGCAACCCACAGGGCACUAGGACCGUUCUGUCUGUGGUUCCAGUCACAGGCUCCAAGGUUUACCAUCAGAAACAUCCCGGGAAAAAUCCCACUAUUCCACCUGUUCUUGAAGGAAGGGCAGGAAUUCUUCUCAUCCAAGGCUGGAUGACCGCUAACACAAGUAUUACAACAUGGCAAUGGAAUGCUUUAAGACCUGCUGCAAGAGAUUCCUGGGCAAGGAGGACAAGGAGAUUGAACCUCCAGUUACAGUGAAGAUGCCCCCUGCUAGACUCCCCUCAGCUGACCCCUGGAGAGGGGUGUCGGAGGACUACCUUCUCUCCAAACUGCCCCCAGAUGGGAAGGAGGUUCCCUUUGUCCUCCCCGCAUUCAAGACCUCCUACAUCCAACCACAAAGCUCCCGCUACUGCAACCACCAAUCUCCCUGCCUACACAGCUCAGCCAGGAGCACUUACAGGGAAAGGAAAGCGGAGUUGUCGGGAUCCAGUCAGGUUGUCUACAACCCUGACUCUCCCCCCAUGUUGUCCCCCAAGAUGAAACAGCGCAGCACCCUGAAACGGAGUCGCAAUGACUUAGGAGCAGGUGGGUACAAUGAGGGCCUGAGCAAAUCCAUGUUUGACCUGUCCAACCCAAGCCCUCAGAGCCGCAUGCAGCGUUAUGACAGUGUCUCCAGUUUCCAGAGCAGCAGUGCAUCGUCCUCCAUGAGGGAGUCCCUGGAAAGUAGCCGUAGCCUUGAAUCCAUCGCGUUGUCAGGGGAUGAGAGGGAACAGCAAGACCUGGGGCGAGUGUGUGUCCGACUGAGUUACCAAGAGGCCCUGGAGCAGGUGUGGAUCACCUUGGUGAAGUGUGAAAACAUGGCCUACAGUGAGCAGCAGAGGUUCGGCUUUAAAGGCAUCAUCACCAUGACCAAACCAGUUCAGUUUAAGAGCUCGGUCAAGGGAGGCUCACCGGACCCAGUCUUCAUGGAGACCUUCGUGUUCGCACUGCAGCUGCAGACCCUGCACUGCAGUGCCUUGGUGCUGCAGCUGCAGACCCACCAGCCCAGAAAGAGGACGGCGGCCCAGUGUGUCCUCUCCCUCAGACAGCUGGGCCCAGAGGAGACGCAACACUGGCUGGUGCUCAACCCGCCCUCCAAGUCCCCAGUGUGUCACGCUACGUUGCACCUGGCCACCUGCUUCCAGCCCGUUAAUGGUCGUGUCCAACUCCAGGUCGUCGCGGCCCAGAACCUUCCCGCUCCACUCAGCCAUGCCUUCUUUGUGAAGAUAGAGAUGCAGCAUCUGGACAGGGUGGUGUUGAAAAGGAAGACCCAUGCCCUGAAGUCCUCCAACGGUCAGCUGACUUGGAAUGAGUCCUUCUACUUCCCCUUGGCAGCUCUAGAGCAGGGCUUCCAACUGUCAGUUAAGCUGUACAGCCGCAGCCCUGUACGACGGAAACAUUACCAGGGACAGGUUCUGCUUGGCUUCGACAGCCCGACCCAGGAAGCAGCGGAACAAUGGAGGGACAGCAUGACCCACCCAGAGAAGGUGGUGGCUGCGUGGCACGGACUCAACAGAGCCUGAGACCCCUGCAAACGCACCUGUCAAAACUCACACGCUCUUUAACCUUUGAACUCAGCCCGAACCCAGGGCUCCGUUGCAUGUGUUAUUAAGUAUUAUUGCUGUAGCAGAGGCGGCGUUUAGCGUUGAACUUCGGCCUGAUCAGAAUUCACCUUCACGUUUCUACUUCUAUCUGUAACACUGCAGCGAUAGAGAUUGAAUAGAGCCCCUGGUCUGGGACACAGGGUCUCAGUGGUGGACAACCUGGACUAGAACUGGACAACCAGGACAAGUACUGGACAAGUACUGGACAGCCUGGACUGGUUUUGCACAACUUGGACUAGUACUGGACAACCUGGACUAGUAUUGCACAACUUGGACUAGUACUGGACAACCUGGACUGGUAUUGCACAACUUGGACUAGUACUGGACAACCUGGACUAGGAUUGCACAACUCGACUAGUACUGGACAGCUUGGUCAAGUACCGACAUAGUGUCUGCUGGCUUUAUAGGAACACAGGCCAGAUAGGCUGCAUUACGCUGUCUGUCUGUCGUGUCUGUCUGUCGUGUCUGUCACUCUGCUCAGAGGAAUUGUUAUUAAAACUCUGUACAUUCUGUGAAUGUUUCUGGAAGACCUAGCGGAUUUUCAUGGAGAGUUCGGGUUUAGAGGAGGUUUAGAUUGUAUUUGUUGUAUUACAUUAUCUGCAUUGACCGGCUUAGAAUGUUGUCAGGUAUUGUUACUGUAAGUGGAUUAACAAUCUAUGCAGUUAGAUGGCUUGACGUUUCGUAUAUUAAGGAAAAUGAUUGUUUUUAAAAUGUGUUUAGAUAUUUAUAACUGCUAGGAAUUGUGGCACUGAUGAAUCCUGGACGUAUAUGCUUGUAGUGGAUCAUUUGCCUACAAUGUUUAGUGUUUGCACAUUUUAUCUUUUUCUAAUCUUUUAUAAUGAAUCUAGAGAAUAGAUACGAUAAUUUACUAAAUGAUUAACCCCACAUAAGAAGUUUUGCGUAUAAACUCUCAGAUUUUGGUCUUUCAUUUCCUGUCUUUUAUGUAACGGCAUGUAAAGAUAAGCAUGAUUAAAACUAGGUUUAUCUUAAACUAAGAUCUGUGCAGAUGUCAGACCUGGUUUGUUCUGAUCCAAAGCCUGCCUAUUGAUUCAUUAUGUUCUCUGGCUGUGUCAUACAGUUCUGUAUUGGUGAUGUAUUGCUCGCUAUUCUAUGGGCCAGUGUGUGUACUCUCUGAACAUGUCAGAGAGUACACACACAUGUUACUCACGCUGUUCCCCUAUAAAAAGUUGCAAAAUUCUUUAUUGUUGUUGGCCCAUUUGGCCAACAACAAUAAAGAAUUUUGCAAGCUUUUAUAGGGGAACUGCGUGAGUGACAUCUUCAGAGCAAACCGAACCUUCCACACCCGCUUCUAUACAGUCCUGACACACUGUGCCAGCGUGACGCACCAGCUGUGUAAUAAAAAAAGAAGUACAGAAGCAACUGUACGUCGUUCUGGAUAAGAACGUUUGCAAAAUGACUAGAAUGUAAACACCAUAAACGAAAUACCACCUUCAUUGUUUAACACCUCCCUAAUUCGACAGGUAAACAGCCCCCCAUGUUUCAGCAACACACUGCCCCCUCCCGUCUCUAUGUGCCGUCGAUAUGCCAGUGACCUGUAAAUAUGCCCCAGGCCCUCAGGCUCCAUUUUGAAACCAAAGCUUGGGAAACCCUAGAGGUAAACACAGACAAGGACCGUGUGUAGAAGCACUGUGUUCUUCACACCUUGGCCAACGUGG